UGUUUAGUUAAAAGAUAUUUUAAUAAUCAAGUUAUUCACUGUUUUUCUCUAGAUAAUGCUCGAUUUUCUGAAGCAUUUCUUGAGCGGUGUAAUCGAAGUUGAGUGAAGCUUCUUCUCCAUUCAUCGCUACUGAGUACAGAUCGUACGCUUUGGCAGCUUCAAGCUCAUCAACAAAAGUGCCGAUGUAACGCUUGACUUGAUCAACGUUGAUAAGCGCCUGCCAAUUUGAAUUGUUUCGGGAGACUCCAAUGUACUUGGACCGUCUUCUAAGUUGCUUUUUGUGAGCACUCUUAGCUUUCUUUGGUGAUGAAGCAAACCCAGUCACAAGAUGAUUAAGGAUGCGCCAUCUCAUCUCAAUGAGUCUUUGCUUGAUGUCAAGUUCCUUGGCUUGGCGCUUUCUCUUUUUGAGCAUCGAUCCCUCACCAUUCAUUUGGCUCCACUCCACAAGACCAGCAUCUGUUUGACAUAAGCCUCCAUGAGGCGUGUACUGAAGAACUUUCAUGUCAGAUGCUCUUGAGCAAUAAUCACUUUUAUUAUUUUGAGGAUACGGAGUCGUGAAGCUAUUCUGGCAACUUAAAAAUCAGCAAUCUUGAGCCUCUUUCGCUCCCUCUUCAAGCUGGCCCAUUCAGUACACUGAACUGAGCUUCUGAACAAUGUCUGAGUAGCUCCACAUUGGGAGGGAACUUGAGUUUGCGUUGUUAGCAAAGUUGGUAAAGUUCAUUUUUAUUAUUAUGAAGACUUAAUCCUAGUUUUUAAAUAGCAUUCUCUUGGCUAUCUUAAAAAGUUUUUAUACUUUGAUGAUCUUCGAAGUAUUAUAAUUUUUGGGUCCAUGAACAAUUAAAUAGGGUUUUAGAUAAUUAACCCUUUCAUAAGUCUCAAUAUUUGUACUCAGAGAUCCCGUAUAUUUACUCAUUUCUUAUGAAAUGUUUCUCACAUAAGAGCAUAAUACAUUGAUAUAUGAAACUGUCCUUUUCUGAUUUGUUGCAAUUUUAUUAAUGAAGAGUAUGCUUAACAUCAAAUCUCACUAUGAGAGGUCCUAGCGAUGCAUGUUAAAGAGUUCACUCUACAGUUAUUGUAUAUAUUUGCCAGUAAAAUUUUUUAGAAUUUUUCAUAAAGUAGCCUGUUAGAAAAUUUGCUUUUUAUAAUUCUUCUUAUAUAAUAAAUGGUAGACAGACCCGACGACUAGUACGAUAAAACUAAAUAAUCUAACCUUAAACAUAUUUGAAUUUAAUCAUCAUUGAUAAAACUGUUAAAUAUGAAGUUGCCUGACUCGGUUAGAACGAAUUUCUGAAUAUAAUAAUCGAGGUAACCUUCUGAAAUUGUGGUGAACGCUUUUAGAAAAAUACUAUUAACUAAGGCUGACUAAAAUUCAACUAUAGCUUCCAUUUGCUUUCUCUGAGCCUAAUGAAUAAUCUGAAUGUCAAAAUACUAGGACGAGUUCAAAAUAUGAUCUUAACUAAAACUAGGGUCUCCUUGUCUCCUUAUAUUCCAUUGUUAUUAAUGCUUCAGGAGGUAUGGUAUGUUUGCCUUUAAUAACACAACUCAUAGGUCCAAUUCAAGCUGUAAAACUAUAGAGAGCAAUAAAAGUUAAGCUAUAGACUUUUUCAGAUGCUUUUUGAUAUUUUCCGAGCCUCAGCUAAGCUGUUAGUCUAUCAUGAAGCUUCACCACUUAUGGUGUUGGAAAUUUUUAAAAACUUUACAAGGUUUAUCAGCGUCCAAUCGUAUUUUGCAAUUUUAGAACAUCAAAAAAAGCUCAGAUUGAGGCCACGCGCUUGUGAAUCAGCAUAAUUAUUGUUAGACUGGUCUAGAGAUGUUCUCCAUUUUUGAGAAUCUAAUUAAUAGACAAUAAACGAAAUGAGAAUUAAGGAGUUCUGAGAAUUAGGUAGACAGUAUGCUUAUCCCUUAAAGAGUCUGCCAUGGUGUCAAACUAGCAAUAGUAUCUCUCUGACUCUUGUUCUUUGUUUCUUCAAAAAUAUUGCCGAUAUUUGGAUAUCAUCCAUGAAAGUGAUUUAUUCUGAAAAUGGUUUGAAUGAUAUCCAAUUCUUCACUCAAAUUCAUUCUACGUGAUGGCUGAGCGGUAAGGACACCAUUUUGCUUCUGACUAAUCAUCCAAGAGAGAUUUCCUUGCCUUUGGAUGGACAAGCUUCCUGUUUUCAUUCACAAAUUGCCAAGAAAAAAAAACUCACGAAGCAACACAAAAAUUGCAUAAAUAUUAAAAUUAGGAGUUGUCAACAAAGAAUUUACUAAAAAACUCUUUGAAACUAAAGAAUUUGAUUGUCUAGUAAUUGGCUGAAAUAUUUCCCAAAUUUCUUAUCAUACCUCAAAGGUAAAAAAGACACAUCAAGUUGUAGCCUCAUGGACGAGCAAACAAACUCAAGAAAAAGUUGUUCAUGGGCCAUGCAAUUGCUAUCAACAGAUUUUUAAAUGGCAAAGUAGACUCUUUCACCUUGAUUGAUAUAAAAGAUAAUUUUUUGGCUGGUCUAUUAGCUUCUCUCGGCCCACACUUGGCUAACAAACUCAGCCAUAAUAAAUAUGGUAGAAAUUUAGAUAUUUUCCUUACUCUCAGUCAGUCUAUUAAACAUCUCUACCAAGCAUAUACUAUCCAAAAAAUACAGUACAACUUAGGACUCCUAUCCCCUCCCCUAUCCAUCCUUCUCCAAUACCAAAGUUCCCCCAGUCGUGCCCAAAAGUACCACUAUCCUUCUUCAUCAGCCAUAUUUUCCCAUAAAUAAAUAAAAAUUUUGACAAACAUCCCUUGCUUCUACUGCUUACUUCCUCUUCGUGAAGAAAAACUUUAGCUUAUUAAAGACCUGGUCCUUCUUUAGGAAAAAUUGCUUUUGAGCAAUAGACAAUGCUGGUAG